CUCGAGACCUCACGGUAAAUAAAGUCCUUUCUCUGGUUGGAGAUGUAGUUUCUCCAUCGGCGUCAAAGCAAGAAGACUACAUUUCCCAGGGGGCCGCGGGGCUGCCUGGCAGCUUGGGGGCGGUGCCUCACGUCUGGUACAGUCACCCCAAACCUCUCCGGCGGGACUGUGAUGGCUGGGGAGAUGACGAUCCUAGGAUCAGCUGUUUUGACUCUCCUGUUGGCUGGCUAUUUGUCACAACAGUAUUUACCAUUGCCUACUCCCAAAGUGAUUGGCAUUGACCUUGGCACCACCUAUUGCUCUGUUGGGGUAUUUUUUCCUGGCACAGGAAAAGUAGAGGUCAUUCCAGAUGAAAAUGGGCAUAUCAGCAUACCCAGCAUGGUGUCUUUUACUGACCAUGACGUUUAUGUGGGGCAUGAAAGUUUGGAGCUGGCAGAUUCAAAUCCUCAGAACACAAUUUAUGAUGCCAAAAGAUUCAUAGGCAAGGUCUUUACCCCAGAGGAACUGGAGGCUGAAAUUGGCAGGUACCCAUUUAAGGUUUUAAACAAAAAUGGAAUGGUUGAGUUUUCUGUGACAAGUAAUGAGACGAUCACCGUUUCCCCAGAAUAUGUUGGCUCUAGACUGUUAUUGAAAUUAAAGAAAAUGGCAGAGGAAUAUCUCGGGAUGCCAGUUGCCAAUGCUGUUAUAUCUGUACCAGCAGAAUUUGAUCUAAAACAGAGAAAUUCAACAAUCGAAGCUGCUAAACUUGCAGGCCUGAAGAUCUUAAGGGUAAUAAAUGAACCCACAGCGGCAGCUAUGGCCUAUGGUCUCCACAAGGCUGAUGUCUUUUACGUCUUGGUUAUAGAUUUGGGCGGAGGAACUCUAGAUGUUUCAUUGCUGAACAAACAAGGAGGAAUGUUUCUAACCCGGGCAAUGUCUGGAAACAACAAACUUGGAGGACAGGACUUCAAUCAGAGAUUGCUUCAGUACUUAUACAAACAGAUCUAUCAAACAUACGGCUUCCUACCCUCUAGGAAAGAGGAAAUUCACAGAUUAAGACAAGCUGUGGAAAUGGUCAAAUUAAAUCUGACUCUUCAUCAGUCUGCCCAGAUGUCAGUGUUACUAACAGUAGAGGAAGAGGACAAGAAGGAACCUCAGAGUGGUGCUACUCAACUGCCAAAAGACAGACUGUCCCCAGAAGAUGGCCACCAUCUGAACAGCAUGUCGGGAGCUGGCCUUUCUGAAAAGAAAAGUGGAGAAAGUCAGGUUUUAUUUGAGACAGAAAUAUCACGGCAGCUCUUUGAUAGCCUUAAUGAAGAUCUCUUCCAGAAAAUACUGGUACCCAUUCAGCAAGUAUUAAAAGAAGGCCACCUGGAGAAGACUGAGAUUGAUGAGGUGGUUUUGGUUGGGGGCUCUACUCGUAUUCCUAGAAUCCGCCAAGUCAUUCAAGAGUUCUUUGGAAAGGAUCCCAACACUUCUGUAGACCCUGACCUGGCAGUGGUGACGGGAGUGGCCAUCCAAGCAGGGAUCGAUGGAGGUUCUUGGCCUCUCGAAGUCAGUGCUUUAGAAAUUCCCAAUAAGCAUUUACAAAAGACUAACUUCAACUGAAUUAUGGAGGAAUGAUUAUUAUUUGUGACCUUGUCUGAUGAAUCCUUUUUAUCAGACCACAUCCUCUUAAAAAAAAAAAAAAAGUUCCUAAACUAUCUUAAAAAUUUACCUGAAAGGCAACAUUCAGAAAUACCAAAAUUUAUGUAACAUUUGUUUUAGGCUUGAAUGUGACCAGAUUGGUCCUAUUUAAUUUUGGAGAAAUCCCAUAACAACAAAUACUUUCAAAAUGAUAGAAUUGAGAUAAAACUUCCUAACAGGAGCACAGGUGGCUAUGUUUUCUGGAUUCUGGAAGAAGAUACCACAUGCACUUAAAAUUAUAUUCUGUAAACAUUGCCUAGUGCCAAUUAUAGGAUUCCCAGUUCUUACUAAAUUGUCUUAGCAGGAGCUGGUAAUUUAUUUACUUGGUUAUCACAUGUAACUAAUAAUUUAAACUAUACUUGAAGGACAGUGUUGAUAUCAGGUAUUUGCAUUGGCUGGGAGAUAGCAGUAUUAUUAAUAUAAGCUGCACAUGUAAUAUUAACUGCCAUACAACAAAAUUACUUUCACAAAUUCAGUAUUCCAUUAUGUGUCCUAUUCAUGUAAUCUGCAUUAUCCCAAGUUUUAAAAUAUAGUGGAUCAAUUUUUCUUUCCAAAAUUUUAAUACCAGGUCAUAGAAAUAACCCAAUUUAUGUAUUCUAGAUCCUUCAUCUGCUAUGCAUCAUUCUCUGCUUGGAUUUCCAUGAUUCUGCCUGAUAAACAAUGAGGUUUUUUUAAUUGUAUUUUUAAAACAUGUUAAUGUCACAAUGAAAGCCAUCAUUACUAUCACUUUUUUGUUAUUCAAGACUUUUGCAGACAUUGGUAAACAACAAUAAUUGGCCACAGUAUUUGUUUUAUAUUUUUCUUUUUGUUUCUUUAUUUUCAGUAAGCCUAGGAGAAUGUAGCUUGCAUUUGAUUAAGUUUCACUGAGAUUUUCCCCCAUAUUUAAGUUUUGAAUGAGAAAAAAUAUGCUCAUUUAUCAAAAACCUUGCUAGCAUUCCCUACUAUUCAUUUUAAACUAGUCACAUUUGAACUGUGUUUAGCCUUAAGGUUAGUGUGUGAUGACAGAAAAAAAAAUCCAAGGAUAUUGGAAAUCAUGUGGAGAUUUAAUGUGGAAGGAAGUGGAAAACUUUCCACCAAUCAGUACUUGCAGCAGUUUUGUUUUGCUCUGUUUCCUUUUAGAAAAGCUACAGGGACCAAAAAAGAAAAUAACAGUUUUGUUUCUGUGAUACCUGUAUUAUCUGAAGUAUUUUUAGAUACUUAAUAGAGUCAUGUUUCAUAUCAUUCAAAAAUUAUACUCGAGUCAAACAUUUUUGUUAAAGUGUCUGCUUUAUCCAUUGUUGAAUUAAAAAAAGAUGUUGAGUUUUCAAUCACUGAAAAAGAACUAAGCAAACUUAUUUCAGCAACAUCAGAACAUAGCUUCUCAAUAAAAAGUUGAAUGUUAAUAUUUGUUGCAGAUCUAAAAAAAAGCUUUCUUAGCAAUGCAAUUGCUAUUCAAAAUAAACUUCAAACACUUGUGUACAGAAAAUGUCUGAAGUAGGUAGAUAGAAAAAGUAAGAUAUUUGUUGACAUAUUUUAGGACUAAUGGAGAAAUGCCAAAGAUGAAUCCUUCACUGCAUUAUGAAAAUAUUCAAAGUGUUCUUUUGGACUUCAUAUAAAUCUUUAGUAAAUUUUAGAAUUGAUAAAAGAUCUUUUUAUGAAAGUCUUCGAAAGUUUAAUUUAUUAGAAUCUUCACAUACAAUAUCAGCUUAAACCUAAAGCAUUUUAAGAUUUUUUUAAAACUUGAAUUUCUCCAAUAUAUGAGAUAGUUUAGGACAAUUUGUUAACACUUUUUAGAGAAAGCAGUUUGCCAAAUAGGAUUGUGAAUCUCAUACUCUGAAACUGGAAUUUAAGUAAUUGAUUGCAUCUGAAAAUUAUAAUGGCAGUGUUGGAACUGGGGGCAAUAGUUCAGCAUAUUCUCUAUAGUUACACCUUUAAAAGAUGAAGUAAUGUCUGCCUUCAGUCAUAGUUUAGGAGGCUAUAUAUAUAAAUAGACAUGACAUCAAUGUAGUUCAUUUAAAAGAUAAAAGUGCAUACUGAAAGUGAUCAUUUAUGCAUAAUAAUCUGAAGACACUUCAUAAAACUACAUUUGGUUGUACAUCCAGCUAGUGUAUUUGGUGGUACGUAACUUUUAAAAUACUAACUGUUUUGUAUGAUUAGACUGUGAAUGAGUAAUUUAUUUGUAUCAGGAAUGUUUUGGUACUGUGUUUUCACCCAAACCACUGAUGUAUCUACAGAUACUGCUGUGUAUAUAACAUGUAUUGUGCAUAACAGACUGUGCCUCUUAAAUUUGUGUUCAUACAGGUCAUUCAUAUUUUAAUGUAAAUAAAUAUGACUUUGCAAUUUGUUUUAAA